GUGAACGAGUGAGCAAUGUGAGGAUGGCUCCGUAGCGAUAGGAUUAGCACAAGUGGACAUUUGUGGAUGCUUCACUUCUCUUCAUUCACAGGACUAGUCACCAGUGGGAGACUGCCAACAAAACCCGGGGACAACACAACAGGUUGGAGAUGAGAUCCAAAAGCAGUGGGAUGUCCCCCCCGACCAGUGAGGUGCUUGGGGUCCCUCAGGGUGACCACGACAUGGGCCAAGAGCAGGACGUUUGUCGAGCUGUGAAGAGCAUGAAAGCCAAAGUUCAUCAGCAGGAGGGUGAAGAUAAAGUGGAGAUUAUAUUUGACAAAAAACAGCUAUUGUUGGACUCCACAAAGUCUGGAGAAAAAGGAGGUGCCAUGAUGAACUUGUCCAGAGAAGAUAUGCUCAAACUGCUUGGAAUCAUGGAAGGAGAGGUUCAGGCAAGGGAAGAUGUUAUCAGCAUGCUAAAGUCCAAACAAACCCCUCAAGAUACCCUUUCAUCAGCAAACAACUCGGCAAAAGGUAGUUCGGCCCUCCAGGCCCUGCAAAGGGACGACGUCAUCAUUGGCAGCCCCCCACACAACCACAUAGUGUACCAAAAGCCAAUGAUUGAGCUGGAGCACCUGCAGGAGAAGCACAGAGAGACCUACAGACGCAUGCUGGGUCAGUUGCUGCUUGCUGAAAAGAGCCACCGUCGCACUGUGCACGAGCUAAGCAGUGAGAAACGCAAACACAUCGAUUACAUGAACAAGAGCGACGACUUCACCAACCUGCUCGAGCAGGAGAGAGAAAGACUGAAGAGGCUGCUUGACAACGAGAAAGCCUUCCAAGUAAAAAAGGAGAAAGAGCACUCUAAACGUCUUGCCAAGGUGCAAGAAGAGUUGGUUAAGCUGAAGUCCUUUGCCCUCAUGUUGGUCAAUGAGCGUCAACAACACCUGGAGCAAAUGGACCAACAAAGUCAGCGUGUCCAGGAACUGAGCCAGCAGCUUCAGCAACAGAAGCAGAUAAUGGUUGAAGCCAGGGAGCACGCUCAAGAGGAUGCCCACAGGGUUCUGAGCUUAGAGGCUGAUCUUAAAGAGAAAAAUGCCACUCUUGCUCAGCAGUAUGAAGAGACAAAUGCUAAGCUGGCCAGUCAGGAGCUCCUCAACCGUCAACUCAAUUCUAAAAUUGUAGAGCUUUUACAUACAGUGGAUGAGCUAAAGGAGCGCAACGAGGCAUUGAGGAAAUCUGAAGAAGAGUUGCAGGAAAUGAGGGACAAAAUUGGCAAAGGGGAGUGUGCAAACUCUAACUUAAUUACAGAAUUAGAGAAUUUAAGGAAGCGUGUCCUGGAGAUGGAGGGAAACGAUGAAGAAAUCACCAAAACCGAAAAUCAGUGCAAGGAGCUCAGGAAGAAACUACAAGAGGAGGACAUCAAAAGUAAAGAACUUAGGCUGGAGGUGGAGAAACUCCAGAAAAGAAUGAUUGAGUUAGAGAAACUUAAAGGUGCCUUUACCAUAAGCAAAAACGAGUGUUCUCAAAUAGGCACUGCUUUAGAAAAAGAGAAGUGCCUGACCAAAAAGCUUUCUGAUGAAGUUGUUACACUCAAGAUCCGGAUGAAAGAGCUGGAAUCCUCUGAACUCAAGUUAGAAAAGUCUGAGCUAAACUUAAAAGAUGACUUAGGUAAGCUGAAGUCACUGACUGUAGCUUUGAUGGAGGAGCGAAAGAUUUUGUUGGAAAGAAUGACAUCCGGUGAAAAGACAAAGGAGGAUUUGAGUACGAUGGUCAAAGCUGAGCAAAGUAAGGUUAUGGAGGUGACUGAGAAAUUGAUAGAAGAAAGCAAAAAGCUCUUGAAGCUCAAAUCAGAAAUGGAAACUAAGGUUGAGAUUCUAACUAAUGAAAAGGGAGACAUCAGUACCAAGCUUGCCUAUGAAACCGAUAAAACAAAAGAUCUUCUUUCAAAAGUCAGCCAAAUGAAAAAGAGGUUAGAUGGGUUGGAGCAAGCAGAAAGGUUGCCCGGGAAAAAUGCAGUGAAAUGUGAGCAAGGAAGAAUAUCUGAAGUUGGAAAAAAAGACGAAAACAAAAUUAAAGAGCUAACCUUUGAGAUCGAGCAUCUAAGAAAUCGCCUCAAACAGCUUGAAGUUGUGGAAGGAGACCUGAUAAAAACAGAAGAUCAGUACGACAUUUUGGAGAAAAGGUUUCUAACGGAACAAGACAAAGCGAACAUACUUUCACAGCAAGUAGAGGCCAUGCGGAGUCAGAUAGCAAGGAACAAAGCCAUUGAGAAAGGAGAAGAGGAUAGCCAAGAGGAUGACCUGCGACAACAGUACAAGAGAGAGGAGAUCAAAAACAGGGAGCUGCAGUCAGAUGUGCUAGCUCUCAAGGAGAAGAUACAUGAACUGAUGCACAAGGAGGAUCAGCUUUCUCAACUGCAAGUGGAUUACUCAGUCCUACAGCAGAGGUUUUUUGAAGAAGAACAAAGAGCCAAGAACAUAGGCACUGAAGUUCUCCAUCUUACCAAAGAACUGGAAAUUGCAAAGCGUCACAGCCGCGCAUUAAGGCCAAGUUUGAACGGGAGAAGGAUGGUGGACAUUGCUGUGACAUCCACUGGGGUACAAACAGAGGCCUUGUGCAAUGGGCCAACAGAGGAUGAUACCCCAGCAGGUUUUAUCAGGAAGUCUGUUCAAGAAGAGAAUCACAUCAUGAACAAUUUAAGACAGAAGAGCAUGAAGAAGCCAACAGAGAAGACAAGAGGCAUUGAGCGUUCCUCUUCCUCUGGAAGUGAGCUCAGUGUGAAGAAAUCCUGGAUUCCUUGGAUGAGGAAGAAAGAUACCAACUCUCAUGAAACCAUCCUGGAAAAAACACCACAUAUUACAGGAAAUACUGACAUGACCAUGGCCCACAAACCAGGGCAGCCUUUACACAUUCGAGUAACACCGGACCACCAAAACAACAUUGCCACACUUGAGAUCAGCAGCACCACUGCUGGGGGUGUUUUCUCCACUUCAACUCCACUAAAUCCAAACACAUCACAAUCUAAAUCCAGAAUUACAAUCAUUCCAGCACACUCUGCUGCAACUCUUCGGGGAAAGUCCACCAAUGCACCUCAAGGUCCAGAAAGAACCAAAUCUCCAGUCACUAUCACUACUAUAUCCAGGGCCAAGUCUCCGGACAGCAGUCGAACUUCCUCCUCUAUCAUAGGAAGGCCCAUGUCUCCUGUCACCAUUAUGACACUUAAUAGCACAACAGUACAAGAAUCCUCUACUUCUCUAGAGCCUCAAGAGAUGACCAUGGGCCGGGCUGUAUUCAAGGUUACUCCUGAAAAACAGAUGGUCCCAAUGCCCAUAAGGAAGGGUCACAACAAUACAAGCAUUAUCACCACCACAGACGAUAACAAGAUCCAUAUUCAUCUGGGCAACAACCUGACAUCAAAGAUGGUAGUCAGGCCGGCGUCUGCAGUUACAGACAGCAAAGAACUAACCCUGUCUACGGGGACAGUGUUGCGCUCCCCUCGCCAAAUUUCCACAACUCGGACGACACAGAACAAAGUGAUGAGCAGCAUUACCAUUUCCCCUGUUUCAUCUAACACUGCAAGACCAACAACACAAAGCAUGUGUGGGCAGGAUGCCCAAGCCUCUCGUACAGGACUGACCCGCAUCCCAAUGUCCAAGAGCCUAAAAACAGGGAAAGCAGGGCUUGGUUCCCUGGGCAUAUCGAGUGGAGUGAAGACGGCGUCACGGGUUGAGAGUCAGUCUAUGAAGAUAGAAGUAAAAAAAUAGGCAUGAAUAGUAGUACUUAUCAAAAUGGAGGAAAAGGCUGAUUAACCAUCCCAAAUAUUAUAUGGUGCUCCAGAGACAAUAACAAAAAUGUUAUGCAGUGUAUCAUUGAGUGAAUAUUCAAACUAAAACAUUAUUGUAUCUGUAUUUUUUGUAUAUUAUUUUGUACUUCCCUGUCACUUACAGUACCACAUACCUCUACUAUUGUUAUAAUGUACUGUAUUUAAGAGAACUGUCAUUACUUUGUGUGAUUGUCUUACAUCUAUUUUCAUGCAUAUUUCUGUCAUUUCAAUGUGAUGCAGUUUUGAUUUGUCUGAAAGUCAUUUGUUAUCAAAAACACUUGGAAUAAACAUAUUUUAAUGUAAAGUGUUCAUGAGACGAAAAAGGAGCACAGACAUAAUAUUAGUCUUAUACAGUAUUAAUCAGGCUUGGGGACUCAUUUUUUCCAGGCAUCCAUCAAGCUCUUGUGUGUAUUUUUACCUCCGCUAGGAGGUUAUGUAAUUGCCAAGGUUUUUACCUCCGCCAGUAAGUUAUGUAAUUGCCAGGGUUUGUUUGUCUUUUAGUUAGUUAGCAAAAUAACUUAAAAAGUUAUGGGCGGAUUUUGAUGAAACUUUCAGGAAUUGUCAAAAAUUAGAUAAGGAACUAGUUAUUAUUUUUCAACUACAUUAUCUUGCUUUUACGUUACAAGGCUGAACAAAGAGAAAGGAUGACUGAAAAGUGGGUUGACUGUUUAUUUCAGCAACAUUGCUCAAAAACGUAUGGCCAGAUUUUGUUAAAACUUUCAGGGAAUGUCUGUUCAACUACAUUUCUCGAUAGCGUGGUUGUAACGUUGCUGUUUUCUAUAUCAAAUAGCUUUUUAGUGCUGAAGCUACUUUUGAGGCCAAGUAGCGCCUAACGAUCCAUAGAAGCUUCAUUUUCCCAGGCAUUUCUAAACCUUAAACACAUCUCUUACUAAUAAUGCGCCAC